AUGGGAUCCAUUGGACCCACGAAACACCAACCGACAGCAGAGCAAGAGCUCGACUUCGAAGACCUGCCGCCAUUCCCCGACGACGUCCCCACCGUGCCGCUCCUGCGCCUCAACCUGAAGAGCAUCCAAGAAGGAAACCUGGAAGAAAUCGAAAGACUCUGGAAAGCAUGCUGUGAAUUCGGAUUCUUCUACCUGGAUUUGAGGGGAAAAGAAGGAGAAGAAGAAGAAGAAGGGGAUGCUCUGCUGAAAUCUGCGGAUGAAUUAUUCCAAUUGGCGGAUCGUGUCUUUGAGCUCCCCGUGGAAGAGAAGCAGAAGUAUGAUUUCGUCGAGCAGGGGAGUUAUUUCGGGUAUAAAGGGUAUGGGAAGGGAGUUGUGGAUCAGGAAGGUACGAGGGAUCGGAAUGAGUUUUGGAAUGUGAGUCGGGAUGAUAUACUCGGUCCGUCCCUGCCUCUCUUCUCCCAAAGCAAAAAUCCAUCUUCUUCUUCCUUCGACGCAGUUGAGAAUGGCUGCUAACCUCUUGAUCAAAAAGGGCUCCUAAAGGCCCCCCUCCCCAACCCUCCCAUCCUCCAAAAAGCAGAAACCAGAGCCAAACUGAAAACUUACAUCCUCCAUUCCCACGCCCUCGUGACCCUCCUCCUGCACCGCCUCAACGACAAACUCGGCCUCCCCCCAGAGACUCUGCCCAACAUCCACCGCCUCGACAACCCCAGCGGCGACCAAGUCCGCUGGGUACGCUCCCCUCCACAGCCGCCCGGCGACCGCGCCGCGGCUCUCGGCGGGCACACGGAUUUCGGCUCCGUCACGAUCCUCUUCAACCGUCUCGGCGGCCUGCAAGUCCUCCUGCCCCAUCCCCAGCAAGAAAUUUGGGCAUACGUGAAACCCCUCCGCGGACAUUGCGUCGUGAAUCUGGGCGAUGCGAUGGUGAAGUUCACACGCGGGAUUCUGAGGAGUAAUCUGCAUCGGGUCGUGAAUCCGCCCGGGGAGCAGGGUGGGGAGGUGAGGUUGAGUUUGGUGUAUUUCAAUCGGCCUGGGGAUGAGGUUUUGUUGAGGGGGUUGGAGGGGAGUGCGAUGAUUGAGGAGGCGAAGGAGAGGCAAGGGGAUGGAGAAGAGGAAGGGAUCACGGCGAAGCAGUGGAUUCUGAAUCGCGCGAUGGGGAGGAGGGUUGGGAGGGAUUGGAAGAUGGGCGAGGGGACGGAUCGGGAGAGGUUGGAGAAGGGCGUGAAUAAGUAGCGGCUUCACGCGUCAGAGGGUUAUCUCGACGGCUACUACUACUACUGAUGUUGCGCUACAUGGCUCGCUGUGGCCUUCAGUUUCGGAAUGCUUGUCGGGAAGAUAAUGCCGUUCCGCUGCAGAAGGACGUCGAACUCGUCUGCGAUGGACCGUUGUAUUCACGGUGACCAACUCCGCCCUUUUCGUGUUGCCUCCGCUUUUUGGAUGGCAACCGUUCGCUGAAGUCGCCCCCAAUAUCUCGAUGUACCGACGAAGCGUCGAGAAGCAUCUCAGUCAGGCACGGCCUUGACUGCACCCGCAGACCACAGCCAUGCGUGA